AUGUCUCCGGCGUAUAGCCGACUGCCUAGCCGCAUUAUUUCCCUCUGGCUGGCCAUUCUGUUGGUCCUUGUUCGUGUGGAUGCGUAUGAAAAGAUCUCAGAUGAGACCUUAAAUUCUCUUCCGCGCCCGAACGAUGACUUCGAUAUUCACAAUGGCGCCUUGUUAUCACCUAUACUAAGGACCCGUGUCCCUGGCACUCCGGGAUCCACCGCAGUGCUCAAUCACUUCGCCGACUUCUUUCGAACAAGCCUGCCAGAAUGGUCAAUUCAGGUGCAGAAUUCGACUGCCAAAACACCGACAUCCAAGGGCAAAGAAAUUCCCUUUAAGAACUUCAUUGCAACUCGUGAUCCUCCUUGGGCCUCGGCUGGUGACGUCGGGCGCCUCACUCUUGUCGCCCACUAUGACAGCAAGAUCGAGCCUGAAGGAUUCAUUGGAGGCAUUGAUAGCGCCGCUCCUUGCGCAAUGAUUAUGCACGCAAUGCGCAGCAUUGACGCCGCGCUGGCCAAGAAAUGGUCUUCAAUGAAAGAGCAAGGUCUAGACGAGUCUCUUGAAGAUGCACAUGGCAUCCAGGUCAUUUUUUUGGACGGCGAAGAAGCUUUUAAAGAAUGGAGUCACAGCGAUUCUCUCUAUGGGGCACGUGCUCUGGCGACCCAUUGGGACGAUCAGUUUUACCCGGCCAUGUCAGCAUUCAAGACUCCGCUAUCCUCAAUUUCUCUGUUUGUCCUCUUAGAUCUUCUGGGUUCGAAGUCACCAACCAUUCAGUCUUACUAUGAGACUACCCACUGGGCCUAUCAAAGUUUGGCUGCCCUCGAAAAGCGUUUCAAGUCACUCAAGCAAUUCAAAUCCUCCUCAACUGACUCAUGGUUUAUCGAUUCUGGGAAGGAUGGCCACAAGCUCGCACCCAUGGGCGGUAUUCAGGAUGAUCAUCUUCCUUUCCUUGCCAAAGGAGUCGAGGUUCUCCAUCUCAUUGACUUUGCUCCAUUCAAGGGCUUUCCUCCCGUCUGGCACACAAUUGAUGACGACGGUGAACAUCUGGACACGGACACCGUGGAAGAUUGGGGCAUGCUCGUCACUGCCUUUGCUGCUGAAUGGAUGGAGCUGGAAGGGUACUUCGACCAUCCAGCGGCUAUAAAAGAACGCAGCAACCAAGCUUUCGCAGAGGCUGAAGCCAUCCGCUUAAACAAGAAGACCGAGUUGUAA